CGUCGUUGUAUACGAGUUCAUGACAAGAGAUCGAUUCGUAGAGAAAGUAGACGUCUCACCUCAAAUCACACCACAUCAUAUCAGUAUAUCACCCUUCGCUAGUUAAUGCUAGGCCUGGGAUUCCUAGCAGGCAGCAGACCUUCUCGGAAGAUAAUUACAAGGAGAGGGAAUUCUAUUUUGACCAAAGUCAGCGAGCUCAUUGACCCGUCUACUGGUGAUUGGGAUGCAGAUUUGAUUGAUGCUAUCUUCUGGCCUAUUGAUGCACAACGAAUCAAGCAAAUUCCUAUUGCUAGAGCGAGUGUCGAAGAUUUUGUGGCUUGACACUAUAAUAAAUCAGGAGUUUUUUCGGUGCGAUCAGCAUACCAUGUGGAAUGGGAUAAUCAACAUGGUGAGAAAUUGAGACGCACUAAUGGGAUGGCAGGAACCCAAGUACACCCAGUUUGGAAGAAGCUAUGGAAUUUAAAAGUCCCUGCAAAGUGUGUUACUUGUCCUGCGCAAGUGGAGGAUCUCCGCCAUGUUCUUUUCACUUGUUCCAGAGCAAAGGCCGUUUGGAGUGCAUUGGGAGCUGGCGAGCUCAUUGCUCAAAGUCUGGCAUUAGAUCGUGCGGGUUCGGCCGUUCUAGAAGAUCUCCUUGCUGGUGAUCAUGCUUCGAAAAUAUAUAUGACACCGGUGACCUUUGGAGAGCUCUGUGCUGUUGCUUGCUGGUACAUCUGGUGGGAAAGGCGGCAAUUGAUGCACGGAGAGCCGAUUCCGCCACCUGAUACAACUGCUUUUUCGAUCCAAGCUUUGGUGAUGAACUAUGUUCGUUCCUAUUCGAAACAAAGUGGUAUACAACGCCUUGGUUGGCAAAAGCCUCCAGAAGGUAUGCAAAAGCUCAAUGUUGAUGCUUCUUUCAUCGAGGACAAGGAAGAAGGUGCUACGGGUGCUGUUAUCAGGGACGCUUCAGGCCUGUUUGUGCGUGCGUCGAAUAGCUGUAUUCCCAUUGUCUAUGAUGCCACGAUGGCUGAAGCAAUGGCUCUCUGGAAUGGGAUUCAGUUUGCUAAAAGCCUUGGUUGUUCCAAUCUACUGAUCAGCUCGGACAGCUUGGAGGUAGUUCAGGAGAUGAAUAGCGAUAGCUGGCCCUCUCCAGCUGCAGCGAUAUAUAUUGAUUGCGUUGAAGCUUUGAAAGAGUUCGGAAAGGUGAUCACAGAGCAUUGUCCAGGAGAGGCAAACCAAGUUGCGCAUGAGCUAGCUAGGAUAGCUAGGGAUGAUCCACCAAAUGUUUGGUUGGACAAUCCUCCUAAUUUUCUUAUUCCUCUCCUCGUCGACAAUGUUACUCUUAUUUGAGUUUUAAUAAA